UUGUCCAGGGAUUGUUUCAAACUUGAUCUAGAGGAUUAUAAUGUGGUUGAUGCUCCUUCUAUCAAGAAUGAAGUAAUACACAUUUACCAAUUAGAGUUCUACAAGAACAAGAUUUUAGGAAGAUGGUCAGUAAUUUUUUUAAUUUCAACAAAGAUAGCAAGAAUCAAAACCAAAGUGAAUCACCGGAUGAUACUAUGUCAAGCACUCAGAAUUUACUUCGGGUUGAAAGAGGCCACAACCAGGAGAGAAACAAGGAACGGUCGAAGCCAAAAAGACUUGAAGGAUUGUCUUAUUUCGAAAAUCGGCCUGGGAUGUUUUACAAUCUGACAGCAGAUGUCGACGAUGAGAUCAUAUUCCAGGGUUCAUCACUGAGAUCUUUGGCAGAUUCGAUUAAUCUCGAAGAAACGGCAAACUUGCCAAAGAAUAACAUUUCGGAACAGGCUAAUCUAGAGGAAGUUUCAGAAACCUCAGAAGCUUCAGUAGACUCUGAAGAACAAUUACAAGACGAAUGGGGCUGCCUUGAUUAUUCAGAAUAUAUGAAGGAAUUCAACAAAAAAAUGAAUGAGUUACCACUAAAUUUACAGAAGUACAUCAAGUCACAGCUAAAUGGAAUAAAGAGCCCUAGGAUGAAUAAGAAAGCUUCUAAAUGCCUUUUAAAAUAUGGGCUCUUAUUGAAAAGACAGGAACCUUUCAAUAUUAUACCAAUUUAUGUUUGGGGUUUAAAAAUUUCACAUACUUUAUUUUACCAAUUUUCAAAAAUGUGUAAACAUCCUUAUAACAAAAAUCUUUUGGAUACUUUGAAAAUAGCCAGUCUUAGAUCACACUUGUAGGCUAUUGCCCAGUAUCUUUUAUUCUUAACCGAAGGUGGCUAUGAUACUAUUGAAGUACACGGUGACCUAUUGCUUAAAUAUAUCUCUUCUCGAAGAACGGUACAUGGGAGAGACACAGGCCAGUUC